UGAGUGAGGAGGUGCCGACUCGGAAGCGAGGUUUAAGCGCUCAGUUCAGCUGUGGCAUGUGCUUCGCACCGCUUGUUUGUUAUCUAAUAAUUCUCAGUGGAUCGUCCAUUGGUGGUAAUUUUACUUUGCAAGGGUAUUUGCGCAUAACCGCCUUCGAAACCCUGCACCCGGACGGAUCUGGAAUUUAACUGUGCUACGACGCGAAAAAAUCAUUGGAAAAUUGGUUUGAGAGUACGAAUGUCCUCAUUGAGAUCGCGAUACGGCUGACAGUCGUUCACAACACCAGAAUGGUGGAUAACUGGAGAAGUUGGUGUUGCUGGACCACAAGCUAUUGGAUGAUUUAUAUUUGUAUACUUCUAGUCUGCCGCAUAAAAGAGAGCACACAGCAAAUUGUGAUUGAGGAGUUAAAAGUACCGAAAGUGGUAAAAGCUGGUGACAACACGUCUGUGAUACUUGACUGCGUCUACGAUCUGCAUAACUCAUCGACGAGAGGACUGGUCGUCAAAUGGUACGUGAACGAUACUAUUCUGCUUUACCAGUGGAUUUACGGUCUUCCUCCAAUAACCGAUCCUACGGACGAGCACAUCCAAUGUGGAUACAAAGCCACUGACGAUCCAACUACCAUGUAUCGAGCUAUGAAAAUCAACAAUCUCAAUAUCAAGCACACCGGUGAUUACAAGUGCAAUGUAUUCUCAGUUGCUGACGAUGUAAGCCGAGAAACAUCAAUGAUUGUCUACUCUCCCGAGGAAACAUUUGAUUUGAAGUAUGAAAAAAACGACGAUGAAAGUGGAGAAGUAGUAGAAGUGACGUGUAUCGCCGGGGGACUGUAUCCUGAGCCCACUCUGGAAAUAUCUGUCAAUGAUAUCGUUUUUAACCGAACGGAGGACUUCGAUGCAGUACGUCAGGAUGAUGGGAAAUAUAAUAUUACAGCCGUAUUAAUUGCAGAGAAUGCCCAUUUGCAAGGUGAAACUGUCAUUAAAUGUACUCUGCGCAUACCAAAUGCCAAUUAUACCAAUUGGAGAUUCCUUACAUAUUCUUCAGGAACGGCAACCAGUACGCCUAGUGUAACGACCAAUCUUCUGAGAAAAAUGGACAUCCAGGUGAUAAACAACACUGAGCCAAAUACUGACAAUGGUGGUGAUGCCACGACUCUCACGCUUUCAACAAGCUUGAUAAUAGCGGUUAUACUCUUCUUAUCAACGGACACAUGGCAUGGAUGGACAGGUUGUUAUGACCGGUGAAAUCCCAGCGCUGUGGAUAUUCAGCCCCAUAUACCAAAGAAAAUUUCUACAAUCGAUAUCACCAAUUUAUGUUCAUCCUACUGUGGAUUGAUGCAUCACGAUGGGUAUUGACCUCAAGUGAUGACAGCUUAAAGGACAAAAUAAUACAGAACUCGAGCGCAUUUUUUUUCGUAAUGUAGUGUUAUCAUAACCGGGUAACAAAGGUAUAUUUUUUGCCAAAGAUAAAGAAGAAUAUUAUCGCCAACUACCUUCGUUAUGAAAUAAUAUGAAGAUUAUGCGACAUGAAUGACGUUUGUAAUGCAAAGCUGAGAGUUUAUCAUCGAAUCUAACGAUCCAUUUAUCAAGGUUCUUCAUGUACCUGAUGGGUAAGCUUGGCGGCAUUCUCAAAUGCUUCCACGGCAACUUGAGAGAUAACGAUUCUUGCAUUGAUGUUAUUAAGAGUGAAUGAAAAGAAGCACAAUUCGCAAGCACAAUUAUAAAAAAAUAUUGUUCGAGAAAUGUGCGUAACUGAAAUUUUCAGUUCAAUUUCAACUUCUUAAAAAAUUCCAUCUCCCUCGUGUUGAUGCUUUACUAUUUUUGCUGGUCAGUCAGUGUUGAAUAAUGCUCGCUAAUGAAAAAAUUAAGAAGAUGAUACCAAAAAAUUGUAGUUCAAUAGAACCUAGUCCUGUAUUUCAAAUCAAGAGAAAAUUUUCAUGUUUAUAAUAAUAAUAAUGUAAAAUAUGGUAUAGAAUAAUGCUAGUUCAAUAGAACCUAGUCCUGUAUUUCAAAUCAAGAGAAAAUUUUCAUGUUUAUAAUAAUAAUAAUGAAAAAUAUUGUAUAGAAUAAUGCUAGUGUGUUGAUACAUUAAUAUUUAUUACUCGCUGUGAAAAUUUUGGCAUUUACUCAAUAAAAUGGAAAUUCAAUCCGAAGUUGAUUUAAUUCAGAAUGGAGCUAAAUUGUUGUUUACUCAAGUAGCUAAGCUCGAAAAGUCAAUAUCUCUUUUUUUGAUAUAAGAACAUAGUGACGGAGCCGGUGAAGUGAAAUCCUCGCGUGGGCAACUUUGUAAACUGGAUCAGGGGGAGAGAGAGUAACAACGGACGCGCAAGCUCAAAAAUUUUACGCGCAAACUCCUGGCAGAGAGUGUUGGCUGGCUGCCAUCAUAUUACAGCUAGUAGUAGGCCGAAUAUAAUCCUGUGAACACGUACUACCGGAUCGCGCUCACAGCACGUGAUAUUAAACACUGGAUAUUUACUAAACUCCAGGAUUUUCAUCACCUUGGAAAAUAUAAUAAUUAUCGAUUGUAAAAUUCAUAUUUGCCAUGUUAUGGAACCACUUACGAACUAGUAUCACACGAAUCAAUUGCUCAGACAAAUAACCAAGUUUAGGGAAUUGUAAAAAAAUAUUCCUAAGAAGAACGCACUGUGAAAUCUUUCUAAUACACUUGUUAAACUAAUAACAUAUGACAUUUUAACUAUUGAUUAAGAUAUUUAUAAUUGAUUUUUAUUCGGUUAUUUUGAAUCGCAUACGUUGGUGUCAUUUCGAAAAUCAGUCAAUUAUAGUGGAGAGAUUAAUAA